UAAUCACAUAUCUAACAACAGCCAAGAUGUUUGCGCUUUACCUUACUGCUGAGCUUGCUGGAGUCACCAACCUCCGCCCUGACGACAGCGAGGGUAGCCCGUUCUGGUACACCUUCAAGGUUCAGUGCACCUCCUGCAGGGAGGUCCAUGACAAGCCCGUUGGCGUGAGCCGCUUUGAAAACAACGAGAUGAGCGGCAGCCGUGGUGAGGCCAACUUUGUGUGGAAGUGCAAAAACUGCAAGAGAGAGUCGUCGGCUUCCAUCAAGGCUGCCCCCGCCGCUUAUGAGCAGACGGAACCUGCCAAGAAGCAAAAGCUUCUCGAGUUUGACUGCAGAGGGUUGGAGUUUGUCGAGUUCCAGCCUGAGGGCUCUUGGCUUGCCGAAGGCGUUGACUCCAACACCAAGUUCGCCGACAUUGACCUGACCGAGGGAGAAUGGUUCGAUUAUGACGAGAAGGCCAACGACGAAGUUAGCAUCAAAGAGCUCAAGUGGGAGAUCAACCGGGCUUAAAUCUGUAAACUCCCUCUCAAAGCAUUUCUUGACAAUAUCCAGUCUAACCCUAACCUUCGAUUUG